GGCAGCUCUGCAUGCAGCCUCUCUGCAGGCAGAGCAUUUACUGAGCGCAUACGUGGUGCCGGGCAGCAUGUGACUCGAAGAGCAUGCAGCCGUGGCGGGCGACACUCCUGCUGGCAGCGAUAACCAACGCCACGCCCCAACAGCAGAGACAGCACCAACCACUCCAAAAAGUGCUGCUCGUCCUCACCGUAGCCCGGCGCGACCGCUUCUACCUCACGCGCCGCUACGAGCGGUUCUUUGGCGGCGUCGCGUACGUCAUCUGGCCCCAGCCGGGGUGCGGCCGCGUCUACCACGGCAGGGCCGGACCGCGCCAGGUCCCCUGCGCCCCGCUGAACGCCACCGACUGUGACGCCCACGGCCUGGGCUGCCUCGUCGACCGGGCUGGGGCCGAACACCGGACGCCCACCUACGCGCGGUUGUUUGAGGAUCUCGCGGAGGCUGAUGGAGCAGACGUCUUCGCUCCGAGAAAGGAGUGGCUGCGCAAGGCCUGGCGCCACACGCGCGCGCCGUCGGGCGUCCUCGUGGCGCACAUGGACUUCUGGAUCCAGCCUCUCGCGUUCCAGCGGCGGGUUGCGAAAGGCUUGCUCCCCUCGGACGCGAUCUGGACGCUCGCGGCGGGCCUCAACGCGCCGCCGACCGGGCCUCCGCCGGAGUCCCAACACCUGCGCAUCUACGGCAAAGGGUGUCUGAGUUUCGAGGACCUCGUGAAUGAACAAGACUGGACCUGGGGCCACGGCGUGCGCGAUUUCGCCAAGGAAGCCGCCCGAGAACUCGGCACGGCCGAAGUCUGCGCCGCCCAGGCCGACUUGUUCCACGCGCCGCGGCAGGCGUUUUCGUACCUCGCGAGGGCGGCGCGCGUCUUCGGCGGCGUCGCGCACGAGGUCGCCGCGCCGACGAUCCUUCGCGCGGCGGCGGCGUUUUUGAAACUACGCCAAGUCUACCUAGACUGCUGGGGCUGCACGCAGUCGUGGUGCACGGACCCCAACAUAUUUCGGCGCCACGCGUGCGGCCACAAGCUGGACCUGCGGCAGCCGUGGGUGAGGAGCGCGUGGCGCGCGCUGCUCGACGCCCAAGCUCGGAAGCUGGACGCGAAGGCGUCGCCCGCGACCGAGGCCGCGCUGCGGCUCCUGGACCGCGGCGCCCGCGACGACCCGACAGUACCGCCUCUGAAGCCGUGCUGCCGCGACCGGACCCACGGCUGCUGCCGCCUGCCCGGUACCGCGCAGACGGCGUGCGCCUGCGUCGCGCGCGACCCGGGCCGGCCGCCCGCGAACGGGACGGGCGCGUGUACCCGGCCGGACCUCGUCGCGUCGGUCGUGCGGCCGACGCCGCUCGGGGCGCCAUGGGACGGGUCAUGA